AUGUUUUAUCGUUCGCAUUUGCUACGAAAAUACUCUACAACUACAAAACUCCCUGCCGAUUUGAGAGUGUAUGAUGGCAGACUCAAAGAAAAAGUGCCACUUCAUAUUCAACGUGAAAAGCCGUACGUUUCCUUCUACACCUGUGGACCCACGGUUUACGAUUCCGCCCAUAUAGGCCACGCGAGUUGUUACGUGCGGCUGGAUAUACUGCAGCGCAUUUUACGCCACCACUUCCGGAUGCCAUUAAUUACUGCGAUGAAUGUGACGGAUAUCGAUGAUAAGAUUAUUGUGCGCGCCCAAGAACGGAACAUCGACUGGCGGAACUUGGCACGCCACUACGAGGACGAGUUCUGGAGCGAUCUUAACAGACUGAACGUACGUUCACCCGAUGUGAAGCUGCGCGUUACCGACCACAUGCCAGCAAUAAUCCGUUUCGUGCAAACGCUCGUCGAUAAAGGGUAUGCCUAUUCCACCGCAGACGGUUCCGUUUACUUUGAAACAAGUAAAUAUAAACAGUACGGCAAGCUGCAGCAAGUCAAUCUCGAACAGACGUGCGAUUCGAGUUCGACCACCGCAUCUGGUAAAAUGCAUCCGUCCGAUUUUGCUCUCUGGAAAGCUUCCAAGCCCGGCGAACCGUUUUGGACGACCAUCUUUGGUAACGGACGACCCGGUUGGCACAUCGAGUGCUCAACUCUAGCCAGCCACAUCUUUGGCAGCAGGCUAGAUUUCCACGCCGGUGGACUGGAUCUUCGCUUUCCGCAUCACGAAAACGAAGAAACACAAAGUUGUUGCUAUCAUGACGUUCCGGAUUGGGUUACGCACUGGGUGCACACGGGACAACUUCAUCUCGAGGGACAGACUCACAAGAUGUCCAAAUCACUCAAAAAUACCAUAAGCAUUAGGGAGUUGCUGGAGCAGCACAGUGCUGACGAAUUUCGAAUGCUUUGUCUAAUGACCCACUACCGGAACGUUAUCGAAUACGGUGCCGAAGCCAUGGCGACUGCCAGAAACGUACUGCAAAAGUUCGACAGCUUCUUUAACGAUGCCAACGCCUACAUCGAUGGCCUGAAACCAACUACAUAUGGCGAGGCAAGCACUGACACACUACUCAAACAGCUGUCGGAUACGAAAACCAUCGUUGAACAGUUCUUGAAAAACGAUUUCAACACCGCAAAUACCAUUUUGGCGCUAACCAAACUUACCUCCAUCGUUCAAAAGGAAAUCAACGGUGGCAAAGCAGAAGAGAACAUUGUUCCAUCCCCCUUUGUCGGGGCAUCCAACGUUGGUGCCGUCCUAGCCAUUAGUGAAUACAUUCGAGAACAGUUACAAGUCUAUGGGUUGGAAUCAAAGAACAAGGACAGCUGCACGCAAAGCUCAUCAAACGAGGGCGUAAAGGAUCAAUCAUUUGAACGUCUAAUCGAGACGAUAGUAUCCGCGAGAAGCGAUAUUCGCUUGCAGGCGAUAGAAACCAAAGAUAGGCAGCUAUUUCACGUUUGUGAUCUUCUACGGGAUCAUUUAAAGACAGCCAACAUCGAAUUGAAAGAUCAUGGCAAAACAUCAUCUUGGAAUUUAAGGCGCACAAAGAGCUAG